AAGCACCAGGUGUCUUAAUGUAAAAAUGUAAUAUAAGAUUAAAUUACUAUAUGUAUGGAAUGUUAUAUAAGAAACAUUCUCUAUGUUUACUACCAAGACAAGAAUCUCCAACUGAAGAAAUUCUUCAUAAAAUAUAAAUUAAUCCAUAUUAACUUGUAAAUGUUUGACUUUACAGCUAUGGGGGGAGCACUUUUCAGUCAGCCAUGGAGGAAUCUAUCAUGGAACAAGCAGGAAGACCUCGAUUUUAUGAGAACCUACCAACCUCAAAACCAAGAAGUCAAUCAUCUCAGGAUUCUGCUUCAUGGACCGGUCGGUGCCGGCAAGUCCAGUUUCAUCAACUCUGUGGAUAGUGUUUUACAAGGCAGAAUUAUGGGUCGAGCCUUGACGGAUGCAAUAUCUGGGACCAGCUUCACAAGAAAGUAUAAAACUUACAAAAUCCAUAAAGGUCCAGACGACUUUUAUUCUUUUGUGUUCAAUGACAUCAUGGGCUUUGAGAAAGAUACCAACGCUGGUGUUCUUGAGGAAGAUGUUGAACUGGCCCUGAGAGGACAUGUGAAAGACGGUUACAAGUUCUGUCCCAGCCAGAAACUGACGGAGGGUGAUGAAGGUUACAGGUCAUCUCCCACUCUGGACGACAAAGUUCACGUUCUGGUCUGUGUGCUUCCUGUCGGCUCAGUAUCUUUAUUAAGUAAAGAAGUUGUGAAGAAGAUGAGAGAAGUCAGACUUGCAGCCAGUGACAUGGGAAUUCCCCAACUGGCUAUUCUCACCAAAGUGGAUGAAGCCUGUCCUAAAACCAAAAAAAAUAUAAAGGAUGUCUAUAGGAGCAAGUACCUGAAGGAACAGGUCGACACAUUCCACAUGUUGCUGGGUCUUCCUCAGGACUGCAUCUUCCUCGUGAAGAACUACGGUACAGAUGCCAUCAUGAAUGAUGACAAUGAUGUGGUGAUACUGAACGCACUGAGACAGAUGAUCACAUUUGGAGAAGACUUCCUCAACAAUCCGUAGAUCUGCAUUCUGCUGAAGAAGACUUUGUACGAUCAAAGCAUGAAAAAAAUGUGCUUCUUUAAGAAACCCUUUAAUAUUAAUGUUCAGGGUACUUUAAAAAAAAAAAAUUAUUUUCUUUUCCAAUCAUUUUACACAUAUAUUGUAAUAUUAAUUAAAAUAGUAUGAGGUAUAGCAGCAUUUCAUGAUUUAAGUUUUUAUUAAGAAAGCAAACACUUUCACUUUGUUGCUACACAGAUUUUACGUUGCAAAACCAAGUGACCUUCACUACCAGCCUUCUGAUGGGUUUCUAGUCGAUGGUUACAUUAUACAACAAGUCUGACAUACAACAUAUUGAUUGUUUGGUCCAACUCUAUCCAUCUCACUUUUGGGGCUCUACUGUAAAUAUAAUUAUGGGUGUCACUUCUGGUGAGUGAGCAGUAAGCUAGUUUGUCCAAUGGUUAGUCCCUGUGGUUAACCAUGGUGGCUAACUGCCAACGGCGAAAGUAAUUCGCCUUUAAUUUAGCAAAUACAGUUUUGUUUUUAAAACGGAUAUAUUGAGGGAUAGUUGCAGUGUGGUUGUAUGAGGAAUCUAUAAUCAAUAGUCAGUGUAUUUCCUACUGGAGAAGCAGGCAGGAGUAACAUUAUCAACACAGAAGCUUAACAAUGUAUUGCUGUGAUGUAUUAAAGAAGAGGA